AUGGCGAAGAAACGUUGUUCUGGCCGACGCGCGUCGAAAAUGAUGCUCGACGAAAGCCGCGAUUGUCACCAAGAACAUGCCUCCCAGCGUGCAACUUCGCGACCCGCAGACGCGCGUGAGCCGCAAUGCAAGACGGCUUCGCCUUAUCGAGACGCCGAUGUGCUGCAGCACUUGAGAGGGUACUACAUGACGUAUCACAAAGCACACCGCCCCAAGGGAUUCGUCGAUCAUGUCCCGUACCACGCGAAGUUCCCUCCCGCCGAGGUUCUGUUCAGCGGCGCGUCUACAGACGUGUCCCCGUCGUAG